AUGGGCCGCAAAAGGACCUGCAGCUCUUGGUUGCUGCUUCUCGCAAUCUUCUUGGUGCAAGCGUUUCCGUCUCACAACACCGUGUCGUCCAAUAUCACUCCUGCUCAGCGUCCUUCUGUGCGGCUCAGGGGGGGAGUGGUCAUGGGACAGUAUGGUGCGAGGAGGAGCAACGGCAAGGAUGGCUGGAAGAGGGAGGAGUUCAGUCACAAGGGCUCCGGCACGUCAAGCAAGCUGUUCCCUCUUCUCAUCACGGGGCUGGGGGAGACUUCUUCUGAGGACAUCCAGGAGCUCUUUGCGGACUGUGGGAGGGUAGCGCUGGUCAAGAGAGCAGGAGCGAGCAAGGAGCGGGUGAUCGUCUACUUCGAGUCUCGAGCCGCAUUGUCGCUCGCCAACAACGUCAACGGGACGGAGCUUCAAGGAGUGAAGUUGAGGAGCUUCUCGCUGCCCCCUGUGGAACGCAGCUCCCUGCCGCAGGCGUUGAGCGAUCAUCGGGGACCGGAGGAGAGGGGAUACCCGGUCGUCGUGAACGAAGUUCCCUUGUCGGUGCAGGAGAGUGAGAUCAUGGCAUGCGCGAACAAGAUCGGAGAGAUUAUCAAGGUCAAGCAGGACAAGAAGCAGAUGUCUUCGUGGUGGGUGACUUUCAAAGAGAAGAAAGCAGCGCGAACAGCCUCCAAGCACGGGAUGGGGUUUGGCCCUACUCAUUGCAAGGUUGUGAGAGUUCGACCGGAGGCAGGCAACAAGAAUGUGCAGGCGAAGGAAAAGAAAGACAAGAAGACUGCGCUGAUAAAGGGGAUCCCAAUGUUAGCUAAGAACGAAGAGAUCAUGGCGUUGUUUAAAGAUUUCGGCAAGAUCGAAACCUUGAGAUUCAUCACAACGCCUGAUCCCGACACAAACUUGAGAAGAGCGUUCAUAUCGUUUGCUACCAAGACUGCACUGAAGAAAGCAAGGAAGGCAUCGCUAUCAUUACACGGAUCAAAGAUUGGAGGUUGCAACACAGUGAUCGUAAAGAAUCUUCCAUAUACCAUCACAAGAGACAAGAUCAGGGCAUUGUUCACCCCAUGCGGGCACGUGAAGGCGAUUCGGCUCAUCGGCAAGCUCGCAGCAGGAAACAACACUCGGACCCCAACGUCAGGCCGAGAGGCUUUCAAGGGCAUGGCGUACGUCGAGUUUGAUCUAGGACGUUCAAACAAGCUGAAGCUCGACAGAAAUCUUGCGAUGCGAAAUUCAGUGCAGGCGGCUCUGCAGUUGGAAGGAACUGAACUCAUGGGGAGAAAGAUUCGCGUGGACUGGGCCCACGGCCCGAAAGCUCUUGAUCGCACAUUAUGA